AUGUACCUACCUGAGUGGCUGCUGCACCGUUUACGUCCAAUCUGGUCCACUUUUGAUGAACCUCCUCCUAACCUGACUGGUAAAGGCACAUCAGGUGAACAAUACCAGCCCAAAUUCACUUUCCGAAAAGCACGAGAACGGCUGCGUGAAGCCAAGAAAAAAGCCAACGUCGAUCUGGAUGAAUUGUUUGCUAAUCUUGGACUAGAUACAUCAAAGGUGGCUCUUAAUGCGCCAAUCGCGUGGCCCGUUCGUGCAGGGAAUUUCGGUGCGGCCAAAGAUCAAACAGAAAAAUUGAAAGAACUUAAACAAAAGGAUCAUUCUCCAUCACCGAAACAAACUCGACAGCAUUCGCAUUCACCAAUGAAAAAACGUAUUCGUAAGGUUUGGGACAUUUUGGAUCAUGGGCUGACUUCAAUGCACGCUGAAUUAAAAGAUUCAUUCACGGAUAAACUGAAGGCCAAUGCAGCUUUGGUUCAACCAAGACAAAAUGCCACUUCUCAUUCUUCGUCAUACGGUGACCGCGAACGUGUUGAGUUGGGGCCAAGUACCUGGGACCUGUUGACCUUGGAACUUUACAACAACUCACCGCCGAGGAAUGAACUAUUAACACAGUGUAUGAAAAGCCCACAUAUUGAUCGAACAAUCAGUAAACUUACGAAUGCACCCCGAGUUCAGGGACCAGGUCUGUUUGAAUUGGAAAGACAAACACAUUUACGUCGGUUGCAAGAACUCAACGAGGAGUCACAAGAAAUUCAGUUGAAUGACCAGUUGUUACCGCCGCGAAGAUUAAAUUUAUCACUUCAGGAAAUUCCAUCGUUUGAGUCCAAUUUCGAGGAAAGUUGGAUGGACGCUGAAUCGCAAAACUUAUGGAUUACUCCGAUAGCUCCACUACGGAAGACUGUUCGCUUCACGAAACAGGCCACAGAAAAUUACCCUAUGGAUAUGCGUCCAUUUCAGUCCAAAACCGUCUCAAAAGAUAAAACAACAAUAAUACGAGCUAAAGCUCCCGACCAUCCGAUGUGGGAUACACCAGAAGAUUUGAAAACCUCAAAUUUUUCCAUUUUUAUGUUUCCUAAUGAGUGA